UACGCUGCCUGGAAGAUGCUCCAGCAGCUAUACGACACAGAGAAGGAUCAGCUUGUCCUGAAUAAUCUCUUCGCUGUCGACCCCGCCCGCUUCUCCCGCGACUACAAGGAACACACCGCCGUCUCCGAUUCAGCCAACACCCUCCUCCUCGACUAUUUCAAGAACCUGAUCAUCCAACCCGUCUUCGCAACCGUCCUCGAUAUUGUCCGCGAAGCUGGCGGUGAGCAGGUCCGCGAUAAGAUGUUCACCGGCGAACACAUUAACACUAGCGAGAACCGCGGCGUCCUCCACGUCGUCCUCUGCAGCUUCGGCUCCUUGAACACGACUUAG